UCCAGCCUGAGCCCCAGCGCCCCUCUCCCACCCCUCGCAGGCGCUGGUCCCCGCCAUGGCUGAGCUGAUCCAAAAGAAGCUGCAGGGGGAAGUGGAGAAAUAUCAGCAGCUGCAGAAGGACCUGAGUAAGUCCAUGUCCGGGCGGCAGAAACUCGAGGCACAGCUAACGGAAAAUAACAUCGUGAAGGAGGAGCUGGCCCUGUUGGAUGGGUCCAACGUGGUGUUUAAGCUCCUGGGGCCGGUGCUGGUCAAACAGGAGCUGGGGGAAGCCCGGGCCACCGUGGGGAAGAGGCUGGACUAUAUUACAGCCGAAAUCAAGCGCUACGAAUCCCAGCUGCGGGACCUGGAGAAGCAGUCAGAGCAGCAGAGGGAAACCCUUGCCCAACUGCAGCAGGAGUUCCAGCGGGCCCAGGCUGCAAAGGCAGGGACUCCUGGGAAGGCCUGACCUUGUGGUGGGGGGCAGUGGGGGGAGGGAAUGAGGCAGCUUUCCGGUCUAUACUGUAGCAAAUAAAAU